AUGUCAAUUAAUGCCGCAGUGGCGCAAGCGGCGGAGUGCGCGCGCGCCGCCGAGUUGCGGGCGCAGUGCGCGAAGCACGCGGCACUAGAGCAGGCAGCGAGGAGAGACGCGCGCGCACAGUGCCACAAAUUGCUGGAGGAAAUCAAAUCGAAAGAGCGCGUGAUAGUACAACUAAGAAGAGAGGCGGCGCGGUCGGCGGCCUCCCAGAAUGAUCAGGUAAGAGCUUUAGAC